AUGGACCCCAACCCGCACCAACACCAACACCAACACUCACAUUCACCCUCAGACUCAGACUGGGAGCACAACGAGGAGCACAGGUCGCUUGAAAAGCACACAUCCCGCAAGGUAACAGACAUCGAAAACAUCGAAACCGGCUCAACCCAUUCCCAUUCCUCCCGGCUAGUAACCGUCCAACAUGAAACCUCGCGAUCAUCCCAUGCCCAUCACCAUCACCACGAACAGCACCAUGACCACCACAAGCCUGAACCGCGGCGUGUCACAUCCUCCCAAACAAUCCGACACACACGAGCCCGGCUAGGCCUGCGCCCUGCAGCACCCAUCAACGAGGAGGAACAGUUCGCCGAGCGCCAGGGGUUGCGGUGGUCCCGUGUGCGUGUGGCGCUGCGGGAGCCGUUUUCGGAGUUUUGGGGGGUUGUGGUUAUGGUUGUGCUUGGGAAUGCGAGCGUGGCGCAGGUGUUGCUGAGUGAGGGGCAAAAGGAUGCCCCUGGGGGGAGUGGGUAUGGGGGGUGGCAGAGUAUUAAUUGGGGAUGGGGAGUGGGUGUUAUGCUGGGGUUAUAUGUGGCAGGGGAUUCAGGGGCGUAUCUCAACCCGGCGAUUACCUUCUCCAACUGUCUGUUCCGACAACUCCCCUGGAGGCGGUUUCCCACGUACGCGGUUGCGCAGCUGCUCGGGUCGUUUGUUGGGUCAGGCAUUGUGUAUGCCAACUACAUCAACGCCAUUGACCAGUAUGAGGGCAAGGGAAUCCGGUCUGUGCCGCCGAAUCCGAAGGCCACGGCGACUAUCUUUUGCACGUUCCCGCAGCCGUUCCUGACAAAGGCGAGUCAGUUCUUUUCGGAGUUCAUAGCUAGCGCGGUUCUGGUGCUUGUUAUCUUUGCGUUGCGGGACCCGGGGAAUAACGGGAUUGAGAAGGACGGCAAAUGGUUCCCCUUGAUGAUGCUGUUCCUCAUCUUCGCCCUGGGCACGGGGUUCGGCUGGAAUACUGGGUAUGCCAUCAACCCGGCCCGUGAUCUCGGACCGCGCAUUAUGGCCACCAUACUGGGAUACGGCUCCCAAAUGUGGUCUGCGGGCGGAUACUAUUUCUGGAUUCCGAUAGUUGCCCCAUUCUGUGGAUGUGUCUUUGGCGGACUUCUCUAUGAUGUGUUUAUCUACACGGGGGCCUCGCCCAUCAACACGCCCUGGAUGGGGCUCAAGCACAUAUUCCGGCCGGACUAUACGUGGAAGGUUGCGAGAGAGCGUCAUCACCGGGGCAUUGAGGAGGGUAUUGUAUGA